AUGCCUGUCUGGACUAUGACGGAAGUCGCGCAGUACAAGGAGAUUACCUCCAGAUACCCCGUCGUCGUCAUGUUCUGCUGCGAGUCCUGGUCGCCGACUUGCCAACAAAUGAUUCCUCUGUUCAACCAGUACGCGGACGACCCGGAAUUCGCGAAAAUUUGGUUUUACAAGAUUGAUUGCGAUGUUCAGCCAGACAUAUCGCACUACUGCAACAUCGUAAAGCUCCCGACGUUCUUUUUCUUUAAGAACGGACAAAAGACGGACACCUUAGUUGGAUCGCACCUCUAUUCGCAUGCGCUUUUGAAAUUGUUGAGGAAGCACAACGCUGCGCGUUAA